CACAGGGCAGCGGUCCUGGCAGCGCUCUUAUCGAAGCAAUCAGCACACCCCCAUUCACGCCUAUGCUGCUCUCGUUACUCCCUGUCACCGCUCUUCACCUGCCAUCACUCCCGGUUCACCCUGUUGAUUCCCAAAUGGCAGCAAAGGGCAGCGGGCAUGGCAGCGCUCGAAGUGAUGCAAUCAGCACGCGCCACGUGGCGGCGCUGGGCCAGGAGAAAACAACCACAUGGGCUGAUGGAGGGGAGGAAAGCUGCAGGGCAUAAGGAAAAUGAGGAGGAUGAAGAGGACGAGGAGGAGGAGGAUGAGGAUGAGGAUGAGGAGGAUGAGGAGGAAGAGGAGGAAGGGGUGGGGAUGAUUGUGAAUGGGUGGAGGGGGGUGUUUGGCAUUGGUGCGAGAUGGAGGCAGCUGGUGGACCCGUGCGAGCCGGUUUUGUGGAUGGAGAGGGUCAGCACUCCAUUCCUCACGAACUCUCCCCUCACUCUCCUCACUCCAUCCCUCACGCACUCUCCCCUCACUCUCCUCACUCCAUCCCUCACGCACCCUCCCCUCACUCUCCUCACUCCAUCCCUCACUCACUCUCCCCCCACACCAUCCCUCACUCACUCUCCCCGCACACCAUCCCUCACUCACUCUCCCCCCACACCACCCCUCACUCACUCUCUCCCCACACCACCCCUCACUCACUCUCCCCCCACACCAACCCUCACUCUCUCUCCCCCCACACCAUCCCUCACUCACUCUCCCCCCACACCAUCCCUCACUCACUCUCCCCCCACACCAUCCUUCAUACUGACAUCACUCUCCCCCCACACCAUCCUUCACUCACUCUCCCCCCACUCCACCCCUCACUCACUCUCCCCCCACACCACCCCUCACUCACUCUCCCCCCACACCAUCCCUCACUCACUCUCCCCCCACACCAUCCCUCACUCACUCUCCCCCCACACCAUCCCUCACUCACUCUCCCCCCACACCAUCCCUCACUCACUCUCCCCCCACACCAUCCCUCACUCACUCUCCCCCCACACCACCCCUCACUCACUCUCCCCCCACACCAUCCCUCACUCACUCUCCCCCCACACCAUCCCUCACUCACUCUCCCCCCGCACCAUCCCUCACUCACUCUCCCCCCGCACCACCCCUCACUCACUCUCCCCCCACACCAACCCUCACUCACUCUCCCCCCGCACCUAG